AAUGGGUACGAUUUCACCCUCAAUGGAGACAAUUGUCUAUGGAACAAAGCUUAAAGACGCUGCCAUUGUUGUAUUUACAACAAUUGAAAGGAAUCGCAUUGGAUAUACGAAAGGUUUAGAAAUUAGGGAUAAAUGGGAGAAUUUCAUCAAUGAACAAAGAUUAUUGGCUGUUGAUUAUAUUGUGCAUUUAGCCGAGGGUUAUUCGAGGUCAGUUUAUGGGUCACGAGAAGAAAGAGUAAAAGAUAUGUUGACUCAAGUUGGCAUUUCAGUUCUUCCUGGAGCUAUAACACUUGGAGCCUCUUUUUUCUUACUAUUAGAAGAUCUGCUGUUUUUUGUAGAAUUUGGGGCUUUUAUGUUUGCUACCAUUGGCUUUUCAAUUUUGUGGGCUUUGGGAUUUUUCUCAACAAUUUUGGCUAUGUUCGGACCUCAGAAUAGUUUUGGAUCAUUGAAAUCAUUAAAUUUGUGGAUUGGAAAAAAAUUUAAAGGUAAACAGUACGCAAUUAGUGCCAAGUAAAUU